GAGUGUCUCAACACUAUUGUGCUGCAACCACCACCUCGAAUACAAUUGUUCAGUCACUCGGUUCGUCUUUCAUAAUGGUUGUCAAGAUUCGAUUUGCGCGAUUUGGUCCGCGCCAUUCGCCAUUCUACAAUAUUGUUGUCGCACAAGCUAGGUCGGCGCGAGACUCCAAACCACUUGAGGUUGUCGGAACCUACAACCCCCUACCACAAAAACCGACCAAUUUGUCCGAGGAGGAAGCACGGGUCGCAAAGCCUUUUAAAGAGAUUUCAAUCGAUCGAUCACGAGUCAAGUAUUGGUUGGGUGUCGGUGCGCAGCCCACCGAUUCCGUGUGGCGGCUACUCAGUAUGGUUGGACUACUCGAACCCAAGCCGAACAGAUUUGCUCCGCAGAAGAAUUGAUCGGGCUUUCAGCUCCCCAACCGCGUUCAAUUAGGAGAAACUGAACUCACUAAAAAGGUAUAUGGUACGAAGAAGGGGAGGAUCUUUCGAGGAAUAUCAGGAAGCUAGCGAUUCUCGUGUGGCAGAAGUGUCCCGAGUACCACAGCAUUUUCGGCGUUUGGGUUCUGUCUAUAUAUCUUUCGCAUGUACAAUAUAGUCUGUACUAUUCGGUCUUUUAUCAGUUCUGGAGCUUUUCUCUAUAAGUAUAAGAAGUGGCAUAUCGACGUCCACUCGUUCCAAAUUUUUGGCAUUGAUGUAUGACCUUAGAUUUUCCUUUGAGGGUCAUGAUGUGCGUAAAUA